AUGGGCCGGGCCCGGCCGGGCCAGCGCGGGCCGCCCAGCCCCGGUCCCGCCGCGCCGCCGCCCGAGCCGCCGCGCCGCCGCCUCCGCGCCCUGGCGCUGCUCGGAGCCCUGCUGGCCGCCGCCGCUGCCGCCGCCGCCGCCCGCGCCUGCGCCCGCCACGCCGAGGCCCAGGCGGCCGCGCGGCAGGAAUCAGCGCUGAAGGCCCUGGGGACAGAAGGCCUCUUUCUCUUUUCCUCCUUGGACACUAACCGGGAUAUGUACAUCAGCCCCGAGGAGUUCAAACCCAUUGCUGAGAAACUGACAGGGUCAACACCUGCGGCCAGCUAUGAGGAAGAGCUACCCCCCGACCCCAGCGAGGAGACGCUCACCAUAGAAGCCCGAUUCCAGCCUCUGCUCCCAGAGACCAUGACCAAGAGCAAAGACGGGUUCCUAGGAGUCUCCCGCCUCACCUUGUCCGGCCUCCGCAACUGGACAGCUGCAGCCUCUCCACAUGCGGUGUUUGCCGCCCGCCACUUCCAGCCCUUCCUUCCCCCUCAAGGCCAGGAGCUGGGUGAGCCCUGGUGGAUCAUCCCUAGUGAGCUGAGCGUCUUCACCGGCUAUUUGUCCAACAACCGCUUCUACCCACCGCCACCCAAGGGCAAGGAGGUCAUCAUCCACCGGCUCCUGAGCAUGUUCCACCCUCGGCCUUUCGUAAAGACCCGCUUUGCCCCUCAGGGGGCUGUGGCCUGCCUGACCGCCAUCAGCGACUUCUACUACACGGUGAUGUUCCGGAUCCACGCCGAGUUCCAGCUCAGCGAGCCACCCGACUUCCCCUUUUGGUUCUGCCCUGGCCAGUUCACUGGCCACAUCAUCCUCUCCAAAGACGCCACCCACAUCCGUGACUUCCGGCUCUUCGUCCCCAACCACAGGUCUCUGAACGUGGACAUGGAGUGGCUGUAUGGGGCCAGUGAGAGCAGCAACAUGGAGGUGGACAUCGGCUACAUACCCCAGAUGGAGCUGGAAGCCACAGGCCCCUCAGUGCCCUCCGUGAUCCUGGAUGAGGACGGCAACGUGAUCGACAGCCGCCUGCCCUCGGGGGAGCCCCUCCAGUUUGUGUUUGAGGAGAUCAAGUGGCAGCAGGAGCUGAGCUGGGAGGAGGCGGCUCGGCACCUGGAGGUAGCCAUGUACCCCUUCAAGAAGGUCACCUACCUCCCAUUCACCGAGGCCUUCGAGCGAGCUAAGGCUGAGAACAAGCUGGUGCACUCGAUCCUGCUGUGGGGGGCCCUGGAUGACCAGUCCUGCUGAGGUUCAGGGCGAACUCUCCGGGAGACUGUCCUGGAAAGUUCGCCCAUUCUCACUCUCCUCAACGAGAGCUUCAUCAGCACCUGGUCCCUGGUAAAGGAACUGGAGGACCUGCAGAACAACCAGGAGAACCUGUCCCACAAGAAGCUGGCUGGCCUGCACCUAGAGAAGUACAGCUUCCCUGUGGAGAUGAUGAUCUGCCUGCCCAAUGGCACCGUGGUCCACCACAUCAACGCCAACUACUUCCUGGACAUCACCUCCUUGAAGCCCGAGGAUGUCGAGAACAACAUCUUCAGCUUCUCGUCCACGUUUGAAGACCCAUCCACGGCCACCUACAUGCAGUUCCUGAAGGAGGGACUCCGGCGUGGGCUGCCCCUCCUCCAGCCCUAGUGUGCCCAGGCCUCUCACGCCCCAGAGCCAGAGAGGUCCUCGGCCCAUCUCAGACUGCAGACUUCAGACACCCCCACCCCACCCCGCUCCAGCCUGCCUUGCGGGGUCCAAGGUCAACUGAAGAUGGCCACCCUAGCUUUGCCUCAGUGAUGGUGGGUAGACAAGGGGGUGCCUGGGCUGCCUGGGUGGAUGAACCUCUAGCUCCAUCUGCCACCAUCAGCCCUUCCCUGCCCACCUGGCUCCAGAAGCUGCUUGGGACCCCCCAGAACAGGGCCUAGGGUGAUCUGCCUGAACCUUACCCACCCAGUCACACAGUCCAGGCCCUGGUGGGGUAAAGAAUAGGGAGGAGUGGGCCAGGAAGACGAGGCCACCCCCCUCCUUGCUUUCACCCCCUUCCUGAAAGGAAACAUUAAGGAGUCCCCACCCUGGGGGCCAGGCUGCCAAGGCAGCACUCCUGUCCAUCUGGAGCCUUCUUUCUGGCCAUACCCCAGGCUGCCCUCCUGUACCUGAUGUCCCCAGCUGGACAGUCGCAGCUGGAGAUAGCCUUCGGGAGCCUCUGGGCAGAACCCUCCUUCAGAAGUGGAAAUCAUACUGUACCCUCUGCUGCCCCCCAAACCCCAGUUCCUCAGACCACUCAACUGACCUAAGGAUAAGUCCCUGGAACCUGUCUCAGGACUUGCUGGGGGCCAGCUGUCUGGGGCUUCUAUCUUUAGCAAGGGGGUACCUGAGGUCCGGGGCCAAGGCACGUCCACUGCCUAGCCCAGCACAGGGAGCCAGUGACCCCAUAACACCACCUGCCCUUCAGACCUCGACUCCAUAGUAUAGCCUGGCCAAAGAACACAGCCUCCACCAGAGCUGGCACUGUUCUGCCACCCUGGGUACCCCAGACCACCUCAUCCACCACUGGGUGGCCUCUGACUCUCCUUGGCCUCUCUAGGGGCUUUGGUCCAUGUCCUGAGCCACUGACUAUGGCCAGUCUCUUUUUUUAUACAUUCAGAAAAGUGUUUUUAUGGGAACUUUCUCAUGGUUUGUAGGUAUUUUUUUAUAACCCCAGUGCUGAGGAGAAAGAAAGAGACAGUGGCUUCCCCCAGCAGCAGCCCCAUGAUGGCUGGAUCUGAAAUCCUACAAGGGUCCAGCUUGAUGUCUUUGCAGUUGCAUGUAUGGGAAGCAACACUCUUCUCUUCCUUCCCCUCUUCCAGCUUUUUAAAAACUGUCCUCAGAACAUCCAUCCUGUCCCCCACUCGGCCCAUGAGGCGCCCUUGGACUUUCUUUCAUCAAGGCCUAGAAGUAGGCCUGUCCCCACCCCACCCCUGCCCUCAAUUCUCUCCCUUGUGCCCUCGCCUCACCAGGGGUUGCCUCUUCAACCUGGCAGAGGAAGGAGGCAUUUCCUCACACACACUCCCAGGCCCCAUCGCUGAGCUCUCUGCCUUCCUCAUGAGCCAGUCUCACUCCCAGGUUUGUAUCAGGUGUGGUAACAGCAGCCAGCUACCAAGAGCCCUCUCUGAGGCACUUUUCUAAGAUGACAUGUAUCUUCUUAUCUCACAAUGGAACAAAUGGAUGUAAUUGUUCCCAUUUUGCAGAUGAAGAAACUUGAGUCUCAGGGAAGGGGAGUGACUUGCCUAGGAUCACUGGAGUGGUAGAGUUGGGAUGCAAACCCACAUGUGACUGCAGAGCCUGCGUCUUGAUCUGGGGUGUUUUGUUUAGAACUGCACUCCUGUCUCUCUCCCCUGCCUGUCUUCCCCGAGGUGGAAAUGAAAGCCUUUCAGAGCAGAAUGUCUCAUUCCCCUCUGAACUCCAGACCAGAUGUGGCAUGAGCCAGUGAGCUCAGCCAGGUUCUCUGUGUCUCUCUGGGAGGCAGUGCUUCCAUGCCUCUUACAGGGAGGGAGGGCACCUGAGCCUAUCUCAGUGCUGCCACCAUCUUGUCAGGUGUGGGUAGCCUUGCCCAUCCCCUGGGCCUCCCCUCCCCAGCAGGUUCUUCCUUUCUACUGCUCUGAGAGGGCCAACUCCACAUCGAGCAAUCCUGGCCCCAGGUAAGGGGUUGAUUGCUUGGGCUUUCAGAAUAUCUGAUGCCUCUGCCUGACCUCCCAGCUGCCCUCUUGUUACCCCUCUGCCACUUCCCUCCCCUGUCCCCAACAUGUCCUAUAAUAAAAUGAG